AUGAGUUCAUAUGCUAUUCCUAUUUGUUUAAUUAUGUACUUGUUUCGAAAGGACUCCAUUUCUAUAUGCACUCUUGUAAAAGUAUUACUGUGUCUUCCUGAUGUACCCAGAGCUGCAGGAAACUUAAGCUCUGUGUUGCCAAUGUCGAAUUAUUGCAGGUUAUUUGCAAUUCUAAUAUUGAUGUUUCUUAGCUUUCAAAGCCUUUUAACAGCACAUGCGACUUCAACCUUUUUAAAAAGUUUGAAGCUACAAUCGAAUGGCAAGAAGCUGAGAAUUCUCGUUCCAGAUUUCGGCACAUUCCCGAAUUUAGUACAACUUACUAUUGAUCCAAGAACAAAUGAAUCGGGUGUGAGUGGAUUCUGUUGGGAUGUUUUCAAUGCUGCAUUCAAGGCCAUAGACUAUGGAGUAGGGGUUGAGAUUAUUCCAUACCCUUAUAAGGAUGGACGUAGUUACAAUGAUCUAAUCGACAAAGUCUCUCUUAAGGAAUAUGAUGCUGCUAUUGGGGAUAUAACCAUCACAGCAAAUAGAUCUCUUUAUGUUGACUUCACAUUGCCCUUUACUGAUCUGGGAAUAGGCACACUAGCCCAAAACUCCAAGAAAAACAUCUGGAUCUUCUUAGAUCCUCUUAGUGCAGAUCUUUGGACCAUAAGUGCUUGUUUCUUUCUCUUUUUGGGAUUUGUUAUUUGGUUUAUUGAACAUCGUACCAACGAAGAAUUUCAAGGUUCACCAACACAGCAAAUUGGAACAACUCUCUGGUUUGCCUUUUCGACCCUUGUUUAUGCUCACAGGGAGAAGCUGCAAAGUAAUCUAUCAAGAUUUGUGAUUACUGUUUGGGUUAUUGUAGUGCUUGUGCUCACGUCAAGUUACACUGCAACAUUGAGUUCACUUUUAACAGUACAACAGAUUGAACUGAAUGAGAGGUCUAUCGGAUUCCAGGGUCUUUCGAACAUAGGAGGAGUUGUCUAUAACAACUUGAACUUAGCAGACACCAAAUUUGAGACACUAUAUACACCUGAGGCCUACGUCAAUGCAUUAACAAGUGGAAGCGUUGAUGCAAUCGUUGACGAGAUCCUUUAUCUCAAAUCAGUCCUUGCAAUUUAUCCGGCUGCUGACUUCUCCUUGAUCGCUACAGCAUCCACCACUAACGGUUUUGGCUUUGUGUUCCAGAAAGGUUCACCCAUGGCUGGAGAGAUGUCGAUUGAGAUAACAAAGAUGCGAGAAGAGGGGACAUUGAAAGCAUUAGAGGAUAAAUGGUUAAAUCGUGAAUCUGCAGUGACGUCAAAGGAUUUUUCUUCCCCUUCACCAAAAAUCUUGAAUCUUUACGGGCUUCGGGGCCUCUUUCUUAUAAGCGGUGUAUCAAUGGCGCUAGCGCUUUUGGUUUCGACGGUUGGUCUUGUUAGUAAAAAAUGGAAUAUCAAAAAUAAGAUGAAGAUACUAAGGUGUAUCUUAAGAAGAUUUCCCGAAAUACAUGCAGACAGUGAUGUGGAAUCAACAGUUUGA